UUGUUUUCUUUUGGCUGUGAAUUCCGGUCCCUGAAUUCUGUUCCCACUCGCGACUCCCACGCUCUCCACCCACACGCGCUGGUCUCCAAAUUAGGCGGGAAGACGGAAGAGCUCGAACCCUAGAAUUCUAUUUCAUCCUCAAUUUCAACUGCAAUUUGAUCUCUCUCUCUCCGAAAAUGGGCAUCAAGGCAGUUCCACCUCCCUCUUCUUCAAUCCGAUCAUUUCCAUAUGAUUGUUAAUUGAAUCGUCCGUUGAUUUCGAUAGGGACUGACGAAGCUACUGGCGGACAAUGCCCCGAAGGCGAUGAGGGAGCAAAAGCUGGAGAGCUACUCCGGCCGGAGGAUCGCCGUCGAUGCCAGCAUGAGCAUCUAUCAGUUCCUCGUUAAGUGCUUUUCUUUUUAUGGAUUGAUGCCUGUGAUUGAUUGCGCGUUUCGGUGUCAGUUGGGAUUUGGAUUUUGACUGUUGGUGGUUUUUUUUGGGUCUUUGAUUGGUGGAUCAGGUUGUGGUUGGGAGGAAGGGGACUCAGAUGCUCACCAAUGAGGCUGGUCAAGUCAUCAGUCAUCUGCAAGGCAUGCUUUACCGGACGAUUAGGCUGUUGGAAGCGGGGAUACAGCCAGUGUAAGUCUUUUUCUUUACCUCCUCUGUUUUCAUUGGGAUAGAGUGCUAAGAAGAAUGAAGCUCAUCUUUCUCUGAAUUAUGCUUUGCUGUUGUUACGACAGCUACGUAUUUGAUGGUCAACCUCCUGAUUUGAAGAAGCAAGAGCUUGCAAAACGUUUUUUGAAGAGGGCAGAUGCCUCUGAGGAGUUGGCAUUAGCCAUUGCGUCUCAGAACAAGCAAGACAUAGAGAAAUUCAGUAAAAGAACUGUGAAGGUGACACAACAGCACAAUGAAGAUUGCAAAAGACUACUAAGACUUAUGGGUGUCCCACUAGUUGAGGCUCCUUCAGAAGCAGAGGCACAAUGUGCUGCACUUUGCAAAGCUGGAAAGGUUUAUGCAGUUGCUUCUGAAGAUAUGGAUUCCCUUACUUUUGGAGCUCCUAGAUUUCUUCGCCAUUUUAUGGAUCCCAGCUCAAGAAAAGUUCCAGUCAUGGAAUUUGAAAUUUCCAGGAUCUUGGAGGAGAUGAAUCUGGAUAUGGAUCAAUUCAUUGACCUUUGCAUUCUCUCUGGAUGUGACUAUUGUGAAAGCAUUCGAGGUAUUGGAGGGCUGACUGCUCUUAAGCUCAUCCGUCAACAUGGUUCCAUAGAAAACAUACUAGAGAACAUAAACAAGCAAAGGUAUCAGAUACCCGAUAAUUGGCCCUAUGGCGAAGCUCGACUGCUUUUUAAGGAACCAAUAGUUUCUACGGAAGAACAACCUGAGAUAAAAUGGACUGCUCCAAAUGACGAAGGCUUAAUGUCCUUUCUAGUGAAUGAGAAUGGGUUCAACAUUGACAGAGUGACAAAGGUAUGGCUUCUAUCUUCAGUAAUGUGUUGGUCAGUUGCCUACUCGAGGAAGUUGCUUCUUUUCCUCUGGAGGAGAGACAGACGAUAG